GGCCAGGAUGGCGGGGCACCGCGGGGUAAACCGUGUGUCAAGCGCCGGCCCGGUUCCGGCGCCAGUCUCGACACUUAGUUUUCACGCAUAAUAGCCACGCUGCCAGCCCACCAGACUCGGUCUCUCGGUCUGGAUUGUUGACUUUCAAGGCUGCCUUGGCUUCAAACCACCUACGAUACGACCACGCGCAUCAUCCCUUCCCUGAAAGUCAUGACGGACAAGCGGCGGGUGCUCCUCGUUGGCGCCGGCGGCAUCGGCGCAAUAGCCGCCCUCAAUCUCGAGCGCGGGGGCUCGGCCGAGGUGGCCGCCGUGCUCCGUUCCAACUACGACGUUGUGGGUCGCAAAGGCUUCUCGAUAACGUCCUGCGACCACGGCAGCUUGGAGAACUGGCGGCCCAGUCAAGUCCUGAACGCCGUCCCGACCAUCUCGGACUCGAGCCCCGCUGGACGAUACGACUACGUCGUCUGCUGCACCAAGAACAUCCCCGAUGCCGGCCCGAGCCUUCCCGACAUCAUUGCCCCAGCCGUGUCUCCCGGCCACACCGUCAUCGUCUUGAUCCAAAACGGCCUCAACAUCCAGCGACCCUUCUUCAGCCGGUUCCCCUCAAACAUUGUCCUCUCGGGCGUGAGCCGCAUCGACGCCCACGAAGUCUCUCCGGGCGUCGUCGAACAAAAGCAGCACGACCUGCUGCACAUCGGCGCCUUCCGAAGCCCCGGGCUCGACGAAGAGCAGCAACACGAAGCCGCGCGGCAGUUUGUCAACAUCUACAGCGCGGCAGGGGUGGCCACGUGCCUGCACAGGCCGGACGUCGACUUUGAUCGAUGGAGCAAGCUGGUCUACAACGCCUCCUUCAACCCGAUCUGCGCCCUGACGGGCUUGAAUGCCAGCGAGCUGCAGAUGACGGGCAGGGCGAUGGGCUCGAUGGUCGUCCCGGCCAUGAGGGAGGUUCUCGCAGUGGCGGCAGCUGCAGGCCACGACAUUUCUGAAGACGUCAUAGAGAAGACCAUCAGCCUCAACCCCGUCGAGGACAACAUCAAGCCCAGUAUGCAAGUCGACUUUGAGAAGGGGAACUUGAUUGAGCACGAGAACAUUCUCGGUGAAGUCGUCCGCGAAGCCCAGAAACACGGGAUAGCCACGCCAAUCUUGGGCGUUCUGUACGAGAUCUGUUGUGCCCACCAGUGGAGAUUCAAGAAGGCCAAGGGCUUGGUAUGAUGAGUCUCGUUGCUGUCCUAUAGGAGACUCGACAUCCCAUGCAGAUACGACGGAUACUAUCGCUGUCCGAGUUUGCUACCUGCUGAUGAUAGAUUCCCUCUUGCGCUUCCAUAAAGACACAGGAUGCUUACUUAUCUUGCUUCGACUAACGGAUUCGUUCGGUGUUGAGUAGCCAUCACCGCGGUACUCCUGGUAGCAAGUGGUAGACGUUAAAGCGUAAGGUCAACUGCGAGUCAUACUCAUAUCUUUGGGUUGACCUACUGCCGAUUAC